UUCCGCUGUCUCUUGAUGGGAAGUGCACUCCAUGGACGACGGAGACCUACCGUCCGCCGACGGCUUGUCGGAGCGUCUCGCGACGGGAGGAGAUGCGGCGGCGGUAGCAGCCGGCGCGGAGGAGUCCGGGCACCCUAGGGAAGGAUGCGAGGCCCUAGCUAGGGCGAUCUCCUCGACGCUGGGGAGUGUGAUGAGGGAGUUCGAUGCCAGAGCGGAGGGCGCGGCUCGGAGCCAGGACGAGCUCAUUCUCUCCCUCGAUCGUUUCGCCGGAGAACUAGAUAAGCUAUUAGAAGAUGCACCCUUGCCAUUUAUUAUGCAACAUGCAACCAAGAUCUCCUCCAUCCGUAAGAGAGUUUCAGCAUUGAACUUGCUCUUGAAGUCAAUACAGAGGCGCAUCGAUAACAUAGAUCGCAUGCUUUCUACAGGCAUACCAAAUGAUAAUGUGCCACCUGAUAUAGUGGAGACAUCAUCACCGACUUUGUAAUUCUGGUUUAGGGCCCAUGGUAUCUGAGCUCCAUUUUUGAAACUUCAGACUGAUCCAAUUGAUUUCCGCAUAUAUGUAAUUCUAUAUGGCAAAGAAAGUAUAUUUCUAGAUGAUGGAAAAAUUGUCGAGGCACAGUGCACUUCUAUGAAGAAAGCCAUAAAAGUUCUGCUUUUAUCCCCUUAAUAAUAAAUUGCAGUCCAUUAUACCCCAUGAUUUGGAAGAGGAAUUUGUCUCUCAUGUUUAGAUUGAUGGUGACCUUGCUCAUGCAGCAGUAGCAGAAAUUUCAUAAAGGAAUGUUACUGUAACUGUGUCCAAGUUUUACCUGGAAAACUUUAAAAGACGAGAUUUUAGUUUGGAGAAUUCAGACAAGAUCAUUCUUGUUCACUUUAUUUUAUAUUUUUGAAAGAUGACUGUAUAAGAUCUUUGA